AUGGCUGUCCCAGGGAGGAAAGUCAGUGAUGGCCAUCUUACAGUUUUCUGCCAGCCCUGUGACAGAGAUGGGGAAAGAUUGGCUGCACAUGGCUACUGCAAAGAUUGUUGUGAACACUUAUGUGAAUUCUGCUACAAACAUCACAAGAGACAUACACUUUCCCGAGAUCACAUUUUAGUAGACAAAACCAACAUGCCACAGACAUUACAACUGUCUUCAGCUUUUCAUUAUCAACAGCAUGAUGACUUUACAAAACCGUGUCGUAAGCACAAACGGGAAGUCAUCAAGUUUUACUGUCAUUACCAUAAUGAACUGCUCUGCAGUGUUUGUGUUACUCUUGGCCAUCAAUCUACUUCUUGCAAAGUUGGCUAUAUACCCGAUAUCUCUGAAAAUGUCUUUGACGGCAAAGAGUACUUAGAACUGUUGAAAACAAUGGAUUCAAUGUCUGAGCAAUUCCGUCAAAUACAAGACCGUAUCUACAGAUUAACCAUUAAAGCUAACAAAACAUUGGCAAAUGUAUUAGAAGACAUAAAGUUGUUCCGGAAAGAAAUCAAUCAGAAAUUAGAUGAACUUGAAAAACAAGCUGCAGUUGAAGUAAAUGUCUUUCAAGAUGAAAAUGUAGAUAUAUUAAAAAACGUUGAGACAGCUUGUAAUGACAGGACAAUAGAUCUAUUGAAGUCCUGUAAUUCAAUGAAACGACUCAACUCUUCGAAACAAGCUGAAAAGCUCUUUAUAGAAGUAAAAAGUGCUGAUAUAAUGAUAGAAGACUGCGAGAAAAAGCUCGCAGAGUUAGCGAAAUUAAAAGUUAAUUGUUACAGCUUUACAUCAAAUAAAACAAUAUCAAAGUUGUUAACAUCAGGAUUUUUUUGGGUAUAUUAG